CCUUUUUUCACAGCGGGAAAGAGAACCAAGACUUAACGGCUAAGCUUUCCUCUCUCUAUAAAUACACAACCAAACACCACGUAGCAACCAUAAAACAUGCGAAAACAAAUUACAACGUAUUUUUCAGUUACCUGAGGAACCCAAACUUAGGCAGUGGCGGAAACCAGGAGAACCAGUAGAAAACGGAUGAUGUCGGUGGCGGAGGAAUCGCUGUGACGACGCCCGAUCACAUGGAUCUGCAGGCCUUGCCGGAAGGGUGCAUAGCCACCGUUGUCUCGCUUACCACGCCUCGAGACGCGGGCACGUUGUCGUCGGUUUCGAGGAGUUUCAGGUCGGCAGCGGAAUCCGACACCAUCUGGGACAGGUUCCUUCAACCCGAUAUCCACACGAUCCUGUCCUCCUCGUCACCCGCCAUGUCCGUACAUCCGCCGCAUGUGUCUCCCUCCUCCGCUUCCAAAACCAAGAAGGAGCUUUACCUCGCUCUAUGCGACAAACCUGUUCUCAUCGAGCAGGGAAAGUUGGUAAUUUCACUACUUUUUCCCUUAUCUCCUAUUCUUUUGCGGGAUUUAUUCGAGUUUGGAGCUCGUUUUGAUAAUCAUUUCAUUCGCAGUUUUGUUUAUGGAUUUGAGCAACAACCUUUGGAGGUCUCAGUCGGUUUAAUUGGGGAGGAGCCCACGAAACACGAGUUUCUGGACCCUCAGAGAGGCCUUGGUUCCCAAGGACCCGGCUUUCCCCUGGCCGGGCCUCUGCGUAUCAGCGUCUUCAACCGGAGACACAUUGUGGGAGUCCAAGAUUUUCAGCUCAGAGAGAUCGAGGUCAACGAGGCCCAGUACCCGAAAGAGCGCAACGACGGAUGGCUGGAGAUAGAGAUGGGGGAGUUCUUCUGUGAAGGGGGUGAAGGUGGGGAGUUGGAGAUGGCUUGCUUGGAGGUUAGGCGUAUACACUGGAAGGGUGGCCUCUUGUUUCAAGGGAUUGAGAUCAGGCCCAAAAGGAUGUAGAAAUCAAGUGGCAGUAGAUAUUGUUGUCUCUGUAAUUUCAAAAUUAUUGUUGAGCUUGUAAUUUAGAACCAAAAAGGUAUUUGCCUUAUUGGUUUUUAAAAGUUUAGGAGGGAGGAGGCUACCUCAACCUGCGAGGCCACCUCAUAAGUUCAUAACAUACUACUA